AUGGUCACUCCACUUGAGGCGACACUCGGCGAUCGAUCUCACUUCAACGGACGAUACUCUACAAGCUCCUCAAAUACAGAUAUACCUACUGUCUAUACUUCUCCAGCGAAGGCGCGCAUUAGAACUCCGGUCACCAACGAUAUCGAAGUUCGAGUGGGUAAACCACCCCAUGCCCGCUUUAUCCAGAUCCCUGGCUCGGCCCUGAAGGCAUGUCCAGUACUGCGUGCGCGUCUCGUGCAGGGAUGCAGGAUUAUGAACACCGACGCCGCUGUCUUUGAGAUCAUCCUGGACUACAUGGGUAGCAGCACUCUUUUACGGCGACUGCGACCAAGUGCGAAAACCCCUUUAAAGCAGCUCACAGGUAGCUGUGACGCGAUGCUUAAGCUGGCCAAGGCGUGGCAUCUCGCAGACAUGCUCGACGAUGUACGAUUACAAAACAAGCUUGUAGAUACUUAUCGCGCAUUCUACCUUGAGCUACUGGACGCUCACGCCCAAAUACCCCUAGAACACGAACCCUUUCGAUAUUUAGAGGACCACAUUGGCACUCACACGAAGAUCGAAAAGUUCAUGAUAGACUUCUUCGCCGGUCUCACUCGGCAUACGGGCGACUUCAGCGCCGAGGAACUCCUCCCAUUUCGACAUGAUGUUGCGCAGUCUCUAAAGCUACGACGUGCGCAAUUGGUGGUACUGAGACUUUCUGACGAUUUGAUUGCUACCGGCAAUGCAUGCUUCAAUCUCUUCAUCAUCAAAGCGCGGCUGCUCAACAUCUACAUCGUCAUCCUCGAUAUGUCCUUCCGCAACACCAAGGGCUCCUAUCUCCGUCAACUCGCUCACAUGUGGCCGCGGACAUCGAACGCGCCUGCCACUUCCAAGGAACACGGAUUUGACCGGAAAGUCCGAAGUCAUGAUGUCUCACACGGUCAUGAGUGCGUUACAGCCGAAUUCCGUCGCGGCUCUUCGACCUUCUCACACACAUUCGGUGUCUCUAAUGACUUCACUCCCCAGCAGGGCGCCCUUCAUGGGGCACCGACCUGA